GAGCCAGCUUGGGGAGGAGAGGGGUGGGGAGGAGGUUGGCCGCGGCGACUCUCUCCCUCGUCCUCACUGCCGGCCGUCGCAGCUCCAGGCACCAUGUUCCGCGAGGGGCCCCCCAGCCACACCCUCCUUCGGCUCCCCCUGCUACAGUUGCUGCUGCUGCUGGUACAGGCCGUGGGGAGGGGGCUGGGCCGCGCCAACCCGGCCGGGGGCCCCCUGGAAGAUGUGGUCAUCGAAAGGUACCACAUCCCCAGGGCCUGUCCCCGGGAAGUGCAGAGGGGGGAUUAUGUGCGCUACCACUACAACGGCACUUUCGAGGAUGGCAAGAAGUUUGACUCGAGCUAUGACCGCACCACCUUGGUGGCCAUCGUGGUGGGCGUGGGGCGCCUCAUCACCGGCAUGGACCGAGGCCUCAUGGGCAUGUGUGUCAGCGAGCGCCGCCGCCUCAUUGUGCCUCCCCACCUGGGCUACGGCAGCAUCGGCGUGGCGGGGCUCAUACCCCCGGAUGCCACCCUCUACUUUGACGUGGUCCUGCUGGAUGUGUGGAACAAGGCGGACACUGUGCAGGUGAGCACCUUGCUGCGUCCACCCCACUGCCCCCGCAUGGUCCAGGACAGUGACUUUGUCCGCUACCACUACAAUGGCACACUGCUGGACGGCACCGCCUUUGACACCAGCUAUAGUAGGGGUGGCACUUAUGAUACCUACGUUGGCUCUGGCUGGCUGAUCAAGGGCAUGGACCAGGGGCUGCUGGGCAUGUGUCCUGGAGAGAGAAGGAAGAUCAUCAUUCCUCCAUUCCUGGCCUAUGGCGAGAAAGGCUAUGGGACCGUGAUCCCCGCGCAUGCCUCCCUGGUCUUCCACGUCCUACUGAUUGACGUCCACAACCCGAAGGACACUGUCCAGCUGGAGACACUGGAGCUACCGCCCGGCUGUGUCCGGAGAGCCGUGGCUGGGGACUUCAUGCGUUACCACUACAAUGGCUCGCUGAUGGACGGCACCCUCUUUGAUUCCAGCUACUCGCGAAACCACACCUACAAUACCUACGUGGGGCAGGGCUACAUCAUCCCCGGGAUGGACCAGGGGCUGCAGGGCGCAUGCGUGGGCGAGCGCCGGAGGAUCACCAUCCCCCCUCACCUGGCCUAUGGGGAGAACGGGACUGGAGACAAGAUCCCUGGCUCCGCUGUGCUGGUCUUCGACGUGCACGUCAUCGACUUCCACAACCCUGCGGAUCCCGUGGAAGUCACCACGCUGUCCCGGCCCCCUGAGCCCUGCAACGAGACCGCCCAGCCCGGGGACUUCGUGCGAUACCACUACAACUGCUCUCUGCUGGAUGGCACCAGGCUCUUCUCCUCCCAUGACUAUGAGGUCCCCCAGGAGGCGACUCUGGGGGCCAACAAGGUGAUUGAAGGCCUGGACAAGGGCCUGCAGGGCAUGUGUGUGGGAGAGAGGCGGCAGCUCGUGGUGCCCCCGCACCUGGCACACGGGGAGAGCGGAGCCCGGGGGGUCCCUGGCAGUGCAGUGCUGCUGUUUGAAGUGGAGCUGGUGUCCCGAGAGGAGGGGCUGCCCGCAGGCUACCUGUUUGUGUGGCAUGAGGACCCUCCUGCCAACCUGUUCGAAGACCUGGACCUUAACAAGGAUGGCGAGGUCCCCCCAGAGGAGUUCUCCACCUUCAUCAAGGCUCAAGUCAGUGAGGGCAAAGGACGCCUCAUGCCUGGGCAGGACCCGGAGAAAAUCAUAGGGGACAUGUUCCAGAACCAGGACCGCAACCAGGAUGGCAAGAUCACUGCCGAGGAACUCAAGCUGAAGUCGGACGAAGACCAGGAGCGGGUCCACGAGGAGCUCUGAAGGGCAGGGGCCUGGGCACAAAUGCGAGGGCCCACUUCUGGGGGGACAGUGGGCAGUGGGGCUGACCUUCCAGCAGUCUCCCUACCCUCUGCUGGGAUAGUGUCAGGGAGCGUCUAAAAAGUGGUCAGAGGAGACAACUCUGGUCUUCCCACAAGCCCGAGUAACAUCCACAGCACAGACCUCCAUUGGGCUUUCUCUUCCAACCCCAACCCCUUCUAACAGUUUGGAGUUACAGAGCCAAUGUGGGCAUUGGUGGAGCCUGGGGGUUGAAUGAGCCAUUGCUGGCCCCUCGCCCACACCUCCCCUCCAUGUCACCAGACUCUGAGCAAGGCGACUUCACCACUUGUCUCCCCAAAUUUCCCUUUAUCUGUACUUCUCACCAUCCCCAAACCCCCACCUCCAGCGUCUUUCCUCUGUGGUGGCAGCUCCCCAGGAGCAUGACCCAGGGCUGGCGGGACCCCAGCCUUCCUCCUGCAGCUCUGGCUGCUUCCUGGGAAGGGGGCAGCUCCAGGAGGGCAGCCCCACCUCACCUGUCCUGUCUCCCCUCACUGCAUCCAGUGGUGGGUGAGGUGACCCCAUGGUGCUACAUUUAGGGCUGGACUUUGUGUCACCUUUCAUCCUUAAAGAAAGCUGCUUUCUCUAAGGGACCGAGGAAGAGGAAGAAAGUGAGCAGAGGUGAGGAAACCUACUUCCAUGGGCCUCAGGGCCACGAAAUCCUUGGUUCAGGGCUGAGACAAACUUGGAAGAGGGGCUUACUGGGGGCUG